CUAAAAAUUUAGAACGGAAAAAAAAUAAAAUAUGCUCUGCUAAAUAAAUUUCUUUUGCCCUUUUCCCCCUACUCUAUCUCAGGGAAAUUGUUUGCAUGAGCGGCGGAUUCUUCUCGAAUCUGAGCGAAGGCCAAUUCGGCUCUCCAUGAUCCAAAAGUGAUGGCAAAUGAUGCUAGAUCUACUCGCAAAGUAAAGAAUGAUGAAAGUGAUAGUCGUAGAGGGAAGCAAAAUAGCAAACCCAAACAUAGUUCGGGUGCUGCAAUUGUAGAUACAUCUGGUCUGAGAAGAUCACUCAGGGGAACACAAUCAAAGACAAAUAUGACUCCUAGUCCUUCAAGUACACGCAAGUCUAAGCGCCUGGAGAAGCAAAUUCCGAUAAAUACCCCAAUUAAGAUGAAGGAUGAAGGAGUUGAUAAUAAGAGCAUAUCGAGUUCUUUGAGGAGGUCUGAGCGGGGUAGGAACCAUUCUUUGGCCAUUUCUUCUGGAUCAAAAAAGGUAGGUAAAAGCUCAGCCUCCUAUGAUGUGAAACGAAGAAGUGGGAAGAAAGAGAUGACAGUUGAGGAGUUGCCAUUACAAACUAUAGAAGUUGGCAAAAAUGGGAAAAAGGGUAUGAAAAAUGCUCAGGUGGCCAAAAAGAGAAUGGAUGCUCGCACUUAUAGGGAUUUGUUCAAGCGGCUACCAAAGAAAGUUAAUGCUUCAGAUCAUGCACAAUUCACUUGUAAUAAUGAUAAGUCUACCGAGGGAGAUGACAACAAUUGCAGGGGUGGGAUGUCUGAGAAAGUUGACGGCGAUGAUGAGUGCAACCGAAGUUGGGGUGAGGAAUUAGGACAAGAUCAUGUCAGUGGAGCUUUUGAAGAAUCCAAUUAUGUUAAGGAACGAACAGAAAGUGAAGUUGAAGUUGAAAGAUCUGAUUCAAACCAGCAGCAUGUGUCUGAUGAGGAAGCUCAUACUGUUAGUGAUGGUUUAAAAGAUUCAGAGACUGAUUGUGUGUUGAUUUCAUCUGAUCAUGCCGCCAUACAGAGAAAUGAUGGUGCUGGAAAGGCUGAACUGGAUUAUGCAAUACAGAAUAAAUUACAAACACAAAGGUUAGAUUCUGUAAUAAAUUGGGUUACAGGUGAUGUUGAUAAUGGAUUGGAAAGGGGUAACGAAAGCAUUUCUUUUAAAAGAAGACGAAAUUCUGUGGAUGUGGAUCUUGAUAUUGUUGCUUCGGUUGCACUUGAAGAUAUGCAUACUGAAAUAGCCAAUGCCACUGCUUCAUCGCCAUCUGGGUGCAAAAGUGACGAGAUAUGUGUCUCCUGUUCUAAGAGGCGAAGGGUUGACCAUGAUUUGGAUAGCGGAGAUAUUUGCUAUUGCAUAGUGAAAUCAUUCCUAUGGAUGUGUAAUCCUUCUCUUUCUAAGGAUAGAAGGGAAUCGGAAGCUGGUGUUACAACUGUACAUGUUGAAGGUUGUGACAACCAUACGGAAAGGGAAUCUUUUGUAGAAUCUCGAUUGGACUUUGGCCAACACACAUGUCUUGUUUGCAAGCUUGGGGGAACUCUAUUGUGUUGUGCUGGUCGAGGUUGCAAAAGAAGAUACCAUCUUUCUUGUCUAAGUCCUCCUUUGGUGGAUGUUCCGCUGGGAAUAUGGCUCUGCCUUGAUUGUGUUAAGAAGAAGAUUGAAUUAGGUGUGCAUUCGGUGACGGAUGGUAUAGAGUCAAUUUGGGAUGUCAGAGAAAAGGAAUUACCAGAUGAUUAUGGUCUUGCAAGGCAGAAGCAAUUUUUUGUUAAAUACAAAGGUCUCGCUCAUGUUCACAACCGUUGGGUACCAGAAAGUCAGCUGAUUCUUGAAGCUCCAUUACUUGUUGAAGAAUUCAACAAAAAGGAUCAGGUUGCAAAGUGGAAGCAAGAGUGGACUGUGCCACGUCGCUUUUUACAGAAAAGAUUGUUGCCCGUGCCAAAACAGUAUGAAGAGGAUUGCAGUGGGCAUGUAGAUCGUCUAGAUUGCCAAUAUGAGUGGCUCGUGAAAUGGUGUGGUCUUGAUUAUGAGCAUUCUACAUGGGAGUUGGAUAAUACUUCUUUCAUGAAAUCACAGGAAGCUGUAAGACUUGUGAGAGAUUUUCAAAGUCGUCAUGAGAAAGAGAUGAGAGCUGUUGCUUCAUCUAACUUAGACAAGGUUUUCGAGACAAAAAAAGAAACAUAUAUCAAAUUGUCCCAAUUCCCAUCUGGAUUUGGUCCAAGGAUUGACAAUAAUCAUCUGGACUUUGUUAACAAUCUUUCUGAGUGUUGGCACAAGGGCCAGAAUGCUCUUGUUGUUGAUGAACAGGAACAUAUUGCGAAGGUCAUCCUGUUUAUUUUAUCUCUAUCAUCUUACGUGGGUCAGCCUUUUCUCAUCAUUUCUACUUCUGAUAUAUUCUAUUCUUGGGACGAUGAAUUCAUGCGUUCGGCACCCUCUCUCCAAGUUGUUGUUUAUCAUGGUGACAAGGAUGUGCGGAAAAGCAUUAGGACACUGGAAUUUUAUGAAGAAGGUUGCGUAAUGUUUCAAGUACUUAUCACUUCUCCUGAAGUUAUAGUUGAGGAUCUAAGUUUCUUUGAGUGCAUAAAAUGGGAAUCAAUAGUAGUUGAUGAGUGCCAAUUACCUGGAAUUUUUUCACACCUUGUUUGUUUUAAGAUGCUGCGCAGUGAUAUGAUACUUCUCCUUGUCAGUGGUCAGCUAAAGGAUGACGUUGCUGAGCACCUCCUAUGCUUACUUGAUUACUGUAAGGAGUUUAAUGUUAGUGAUAGGUUAACAAGUAGAUCCCAUGACAAUGACAGUAGUUUAAAAGACCGGCUAUCGAGGUACAUUGUUGACAGAUGCAAGUCAGACUCUUCUAGGUUUGUAGAGUUCUGGCUUCCUAUAGAGCUAUCCAACCUGCAGCUUGAGCAGUAUUGUUCUACUCUGCUAUCAAAUUCUUUAUCCCUUUGCUCAUCUUCGAAGGGCGAUCCAGUUGGGGCACUACGCAACAUUCUCCAUUCAAUCCGGAAGUGCUGUGAUCAUCCAUACCUUACAGAUUCAAUGCUGCCAGUAAGGCUGAAUAAAGAGUUUAAAGAGGAGGAGUUUCUGGACGUUGGAAUAAAAGCAAGUGGCAAGCUACAACUUCUUGAAGCAAUGCUUUUUGAGAUCAAGAAACGUGGUUUAAGGGUUUUAAUUCUCUUCCAGUCUUGUGGUGGUUCUGGAACUGAUAAUAUUGGAGAUUAUUUGGAUGAUUUUCUACGUCAAAGGUUUGGUCCAGAUUCUUAUGAACGUAUUGAUCUGGUUGUUGCAACUCAUAAAAGGCAAGCAGCCUUGAACAAGUUCAACAAUGACAAAGGAAGGUUUGUGUUUUUAUUAGAGACCCGUGCUUGUACUCCCGGCAUCAAACUCUCCUCAGUUGAUUCUGUUAUCAUAUUUGGUAGUGACUGGAAUCCUGUGAAUGAUGUAAGAUUGUUGCAAAGGGUAACCUUUGAUUCACAGUACAAACAUUUAAAAUUAUUCCGCUUAUACUCAUCUUAUACUGUGGAAGAAAAAGCACUGAUCCUUGCAAAGGAAGAUAAGGCUGUUGAUAGUAAUUUACAGAACACAAACCGGAAUACUAGCAACUUGCUAUUAAUGUGGGGGGCUUCAUAUUUAUUCAAUAGAUUGGAUGAGUUCCAUCAGGGCAACGGCCAGGCCUUUGGUGCUAAUAUCUCACUGGAGAAAUCACUUUUGAAAGAUGUGAUUCGGGAGUUCCUGACUGUACUUACACAGAAUGGUGAAGAGAGUGAUACGAGUGACUGCUCUCUAAUUUUGAAAGUGAAACAAAAUCAAGGAUAUUACGAGACAAGUUAUCCAUUGUUCAGUGAGCUGAAGAUCCAAUUGACAUAUGAAGGGGACCCCCACAUAUUUUGGAAAAAACUGCUGGAUGGAAAGCAACCAAGAUGGAGAUAUUCUUCUGGGCCAUCUAAGAGGAAUCGGAAACGGGUUCAAUAUUUUGAAAAUUUACUGAAGAAACCAGAGGUUGGGGUUGAUAAUGUUGUAAAGAAACGCAAGAAAGUGGUCAAUAAUAACAUUGAGCCUCUCUCUCCAAGACCUGUGAUAAAUGGGGAAAUAGGUUCUGGGAACAAGGAAGGUUCAUUGGGAAAUCCAGAGCAUGAUGUGUCUCAAUCAUUUUCAGGGCUAUUUGGUGGCGAGGAUAAUAAAAUUUAUGCUUCCACCUCUCUUCAUUUAGUGAAUAAGCUUUCAGAAAAAGAAGUAUCUUAUUGGAUUGGGCCCGAAGACGGUACAAAACUAGAUGAAUCACAGAAUAAUCUCUCUCUUUCCAUGAAGCCAGAGAUUGUAAAAAUUUGCGAAGUUCUGCAAUUACCGGAGGACGUCAAGGGCAUGGUUGAAAAGUUUCUCGAGUAUUUAAUGAAUAAUCACCAUGUCAAUAGAGAACCAGUGACCAUCUUGCAGGCUUUUCAGAUAUCCUUGUGUUGGACUGCUGCAUCCAUGUUAAAGCAAAGAAUUGAUCGCAAGGAAUCACUUGCUCUUGCGAAACAACAUUUGAAGUUUAGCUGCAGCAAAGAAGAGGCAGAUUAUAUUUACUCCAUGUUGAGGUGUCUGAAGACAACAUUUUUGAACCAUACAGAAAAAUGUAGCGUAGCUUGCUGUAAAGAAUCUGAACUGUCAGCUAAAGAUGUUAGCCAGAAAAAUUCAAGCCCAAACUUUACUCUAUCAGCAACAUCUAAGCUGCAAGAGGGGGAAGUAGAGGUUAGGGAAUUGCCACAAGGCCAAGAAUGCUACAGUAAACAGGUUGUUAACAAGCUCAGUUUGGAGCUGGAAUUUGAGCUAGCGCAGAAAGAUUUAUCAAGAAGUAUCAAAAUAAUCCGUAAAAAAUGUGAGAAGCAGAUGUCGAAGCUGCUAGAAAAGCAACAGGAAGAAAAAGAGGACUUAGACAGAAAGUACAGGGAAGAAAUUGCAAAGCUGCAGAACAGGAAACGAACGGAGUUGGCUGUUAUACGUUCCUAUGCAAGUAAUUCUAUAUUGGCAGAUAAGUUAAAGUCAUUGGAUAAUGAAUAUACCAAAAAAUUUGAAGAACUUAAAUGUCAGAUGGACAUUCGCCUUAAAGAUCUUGAGGCAAUGCAGCUGACUGCGAGGAACAAGUUACAAGAGAGGGGGGUUCGUUGGGUGGAGGGAUUGAAGUCGUGGGCACAAGCUGAAUUAUUGAAUGUGCGACCUUCAGAUAAAGGUUGUUCUAAGCAAGGAAAUAUUGUCAAUCCUUGCUCUGAAGCACUGAGUCCCGACGUGGUUUUGCUAGAUGGAGAGGUCCAUGAAACUGUUGGUGUAAGUGAUUGUCAGGAGGAAGUUCUCCCAGUGAAUCUUUGUACGUCUGAAAGACAGACAGUUGGGCCUAUAUCAAGCUUAGCUGUUAUGCCAGAUGGAGAUGUUCAAUCCGAAGUCCAUGAAACUGUCGGUGUAAGUGAUUGUCAGGAGGAAGUUCUCCCAGUGAUUCUCUGUACGUCUGAAAGACAGACAGUUGGGCCUAUAUCAAGCUUAGCUGCUAUGCCAUAUGGAGAGGUUCAAUCCGAAGUCCAUGAAACUGUCGGUGUAAGUGAUUGUCAAGAGGAAGUUCUCCCAGUGAAUCUGUGUACGUCUGAAAGACAGACAGUUGGGCCUAUAUCAAGCUUAGCUGCUAUGCCAGAUGGAGAGGUUCAAUCCGAAGUCCAUGAAAUUGUCGGUGUAAGUGAUUGUCAGGAGGAAGUUCUCCCAGUGAAUCUCUGUAUGUCUGAAAAACAUACAGUUGGGCCUAUAUCAAGCUUAGCUGCUAUGCCAGAUGGAGAGGUUCAAUCUGAAGUCCAUGAAACUAUCAGUGUAAGUGAUUGUCAGGAGGAAGUUCUCCCAGUGAAUCUCUGUACGUCUGAAAGACAGACAGUCGGGCCUAUAUCAAGCGUAGCUGAAAGAGUCUUUCCAAUCGGAGUUCCCAUGCUCGUCAACUGUGAAGAUGAUGAAAGGAGCGCUGUCUUUGAGAAUGAACGUUCGUGUGAACAAGGACUUUCUCAUAAAGAAGUUCAAGGACCUGAGACUCUUUGUUCCCCUGACGGCCCUGAUAACACAGUGUUUGUGAGUAGACUUCCACUUGAAGGACAAAAUCCUGAUGUACCAACGUCAAGUGUGCCUGAUGUGCAGGUCCAGCUGCAAGUGCCUGGGAUUGCUAGUUGUAGCAAUGGCUUGGGGAUUGUCGUUUCUGGGAAUCAAUGUCUCAUCAACUGUGAAGACGGUGAAAGCAGCACUGUCUUUGAGAAUGAAUGUUCGUGUGAACAAGGACUUUCUCAUAAAGAAGUUCAAGGGUCUGAGACUCUUUGUUCCCCUGAUGGCCCUGAUAACACUGUGUUUGUGAGUAGACUUCCACUUGAAGGACAAACUCUUGAUGUACCGACGUCCAGUGUGCCGGAUGAGCAGAUCCAGCUGGAAGUGCCUGGGAUUGCUAGUUGUAUCAAUGGCAUGGGGGUUGUCAUUUCUGGGAAUCAAUGUUCAUCCUCUGAACAAAUUUCUAACGGGGGCUCAAUGUGCGUGUCUUAUGGAAAUUCUCCAUCGGGUUCUGCUGCUGAUGUUACAAUGGGUGGUGACACCAGCAGAGAGAAUGGAGUGGCAUCAGAUUCUGCUCGAGUCAAUCAGCCAGAUGGAGUGGGUUGUAACAUUAAUCACAUAUUCCAUUUCUCUGAUAACAUUACUGCUUUUGACCCGCAGGACAAAGAGGUCACAUUUAUGGUGCCUGAAACUGCACCUACAAGGAACGAAGAUCAUGUUGCCUCCUCAGAUAACAAUAUUUCUGGAGUGAACCAGCAGAAUGGAGUUGUCUUCACCAGCAGGGAUGAUGAUGGAGCAAACCCUGUGGCAUUGCAAUACCCUACUGGAGUCAACCUGUCGGAUGAAGUGGUUUGCAUUGUUAAUCAAAUGUCGCACUCCUUAGAUAGCAUUACUGGUUCUGACGAGCACGGUGGAGAGGUUGCAGCUGGAGUGCCUGAGACUGUAUCUUCUCAGUUAAUGGAAGGCUUUAGCACAGGGACAAGUAAUGAUGAUUCUGUGAUCUCUGAUAGAGUCGAGCAGCAGAAUGAAAAUGUUUCCACCAGCAAAGAGAAUGAUAGUGCAAACCAUGUAGCAUCAGAUUAUGCUACUGGAGUCGAUCGACCAGAUGGAUUGGAUUGUAUUAAUAACCAAAUGUUAAAUUCCUUGGAGAACACUCCUGGUUCUUACCUGCAGGGGGGAAAUGGUACAGCUACAGUUCAAGGAACUGCACCUUCUCAGUUGAUAGAAGAUGUUAACACAAGGAUGAGGAACGAUGAUUUUGUGCCUUCAAAUAAUAAUAUUGAUGGAGUCAACCUGGAGAAUGGAGUUCUUUUCACCACUAUCCCAGACUCUCUCUCCCAGGAUCUUUCUUCGGUGAAUUCACAGUUGGUGCAGCCUGCUACUGCGUGGGCUCAAAGCUGUACAAUGCCAUUGAAUCAGGCACUCCAUGAUGAAUGUUCCCCACCAGCAAUAACCACUACACCGGCAAAUAGAGAUGCAUCAAUUAGUGGAGAGCAGACUACUUUGCAGCAAGUUGAGAUUCCACUGGCUGAUUCAUUUGACUUCCAUGCACGUGUCACAGAUCCUCUAGUUCAACAGCAGUUGACAUCAUCUGUUGGUUGCCCUUCGAGUGUCAGGGUGCAAUAUUUACCUUCAACUAGAGAGAUGAGUAAUCCUUGCAGUGAACGGCAUAUCAUUAACCUGAUUUCUCAGCCACCAGGACUGCCAGAGAAUCGUGUUGAGAUUUCCAAUCAACCUGUUUUGCAAUCUGCGACAUGUUUGGCACCACAUUUACCUAUUGAUGCUCCAGCAGGUGGAUUGGGAAGGCCUGUUUCAGAUAUAAGGAAUACCUCCAUAACUUCAAGAAAUAGCAAUCAUCCUGUACAAAAUGCUUCCUCAUUUAUGCCCCAGAUGCCUCCCUCCUAUCACGAUCCACUCCAAAGUGAAAUGGAGAGAAUACAUAAAGAGAGGGAUCAAAGCAUAAUUAACCAUGAAGGAACGAAGCUGCUGCUGAAGUCUGAUUGUGACAAGGAGAUUGAAGAAGUUGUAGCUCAAAUUCGUAAAAAGUAUGAGAUCAAACUUCAGGAGGUAGAGGCUGAAUUCCUCACCAAGAAGAAGGAUAUGGAUGAAAAUCUCAACAAAGUCCUCAUGAACAAGAUUUUGGCCGAGGCUUUUAGGUCCAAAUGCAUGGAUACAAGGGUGGCUACUGCACGUGGAUUACCGCAAGCUGGCCUUCAUUCUGGUUUCCCACAGAUGACUGCUGUCCUAUCCCCCAGCCCACCAACUACUUCCAUUGCUCCAGUCAGUCCACAUAAUGCAGCCACAUUCCUGCCGGCUGUUCACAAUUCGACUGCUCUUCUCUCAGGCACUUCAGCAAGACCACCACACAGUAUCUCCAAUCCCACUCCAAGCAAUCUCCAAGGUGGAAGUCAAAUCCGUGCUCGUGCACCACACCUGCGACCUUUCAGACCUUCGUCAUCUCUGUCUGUUACCGGUCUUUCCUCCUUACCACGUGGGAUGCCAAGUCAGCCGGAACCUUCAUACUCCUUGGCAGCUUCCUCCUUGCUCACCCAGCAGCCUAUGAUAUGGCGGCCACCACCUACAUACCAGUCUGGUUCAUAUAAUAGUGUGCCCCAGCCUGAGAUAGCAGGAGGGUUGCCAGCUCUUCCUAAUUCUUCACUUUCUGAGGUUGGUUUGCUUAUGGAUGUUGAGAAUCGGACCAUUGUAAAUCCAUGUCCACCAAGUUAUGCUUCUCCUGCACUAGAAUUUUCAUACUUGGACCCAUUGCUCGCACCUGAAUCUGGCCCCAUCAGGGGUACACAAGCUAACACAUCACAUUCAAGUGGACCUCCUGACAUAGUAUGUCUAUCAGAUGAUGAUUGAUGACUGGACCGUAGAAUAUGUUAUUAGGGAGAAGUUUUGAAGUUCAUUCCAAUGUUUGGUAUUUUAGGGGUAGGGAGAGGUCUUGCAAAGUGGCAUAGCUGCAGCAUUAGAUUUUGUUGUAGCCUUUUUUGAAGGCUACAACUCUGGAGUUGGUGCUUGCACUCUCGAAAGGGCAAGGAAGACAGUCUUCAUCUUUUUUCUCCCUGUUGGAAAACAACCUACGACGGUGCUCUGUAGUUCUUCGUUACUCGUAUAAGCUCGGCGGAGUUGUCUUUUUGCAGGGAACCAUUCAUCUCAACAACUCGUGGAUAAAUUUACUUAUUUUACACUAGGGGUUGAAUUGUUUUGUACAUGUAAAUAAUCUAAAGUAAUUGUUUCAAGUUCGUUUAUUGUCAUUUUAGCACUGUUGACUGUUGUUGAGCUGGAGCAUAGUGCCUGGUCAAGCUUGGAAUAUUUGUCCCAUAAAA